AUGAAAUAUAACGUCACCCGUAUUAGAAUGGGCAACGAAAACUCGAUAGUUAAAAAUCCUGCGAUGGAGGAGAGCUAUGUUGCAGGCGACUGGGGCCUUACCUCCAGCAUCCAAGGAUGCUUUUUCAGUUCCAGAUUCUCGGAUCUGACAAUAAUCACCACGGCCCGCAAGUUCAAAGUGCACAAGGUAGUUAUUUGCGGACAGUCAAAGUAUUUCUCUCGUCUAUUCAACCAUAAUUGGAAAGAAGCAACAGAAAAUGUCAUCAGGCUCGAGGACGACGACCCGGGAGCUAUACGAGCCAUGGUCCUCUUCAUGUAUGGCUUCGACUAUGAGCGCAUUAGCAGGGAUCAAUGCCAGAUCUCGCCGAUGCGACUUCACGUCGGCGUCUACCAGAUCGGCGACAAAUAUGACGUGCCGAGCCUCAAGGAAUACGCAAGGGAGAAAUUUGCAUCUGCUAUACGGACCUGUUGGAAAAUGGACGACUUCCCUGUCACAAUCUCAGAGGCAUAUUCGACUACACCUGCUGCAGAUCGAGGGCUCCGCGAUCUCAUUGUGGGCACAUGCUUGCAGUAUUUUGAUAAGCUGCUGGAGAAUGAUGAUUUCAGAGACGUUCUAAGGGAGACUCCAGGAUUCGCGGCUGAUCUUGUACAAAAGCUUGGUCCGAGAAUAAGUUCGAUAACGUAUUGCUGCCCCUACUGUGCCGGGAAAUGGAGCAUCCCACAUUCCAGUUCAAGCAGCAAGACACUUGGGUGUUGUCCGUUAUGUGGGAUGCGUUAUCAUUCCUGA